CUGAAUACGAACUUUUUCGAAAAACACGAGUUUUUAGGUCUAAGGCGUCUUUCACCAUGUCGUCCGUCAGCUAUCGAUAUUGAGACGUUGGAAGAAAUAGAAGACAGGAUCGCCCUUGGGCAAAUACCCCCGUUAUCGAAUACUGUGCAUUUCAGGUCGAGACUUUCUCUGAUUCCUGAACAUGUUCCCUCAACAGUGGAAGAGGGCGAAGAGCCAAGCGAGUCUAGCCACGCUCUUUCUAUGGAGGAGAACACCGACAGUCCAAUAACAACGAGGCGGAGUCGCCUACAGAAUGUCUUCAGCAGUUUGCUCAACAGGCGCAGGUCCUCAAAGGAUACACUAAGUCCAUCUUCAGAACGGCCGCCAUCGUCUUGA